CAUAAAAAAGAAACCCUCGCCAUAGUAUAAACCGUAAUAGGGGGCACUGUAAUUGUUUGAAUGGCCUAAUUGCUCAUACUACGUCUUCCUGGAGUGCUGUGGAACACAAACAAACCAUGACCUAACCUAACUUUUCUAAUUGACAAGAAAUUGCAUUUGAUGUUUUUAGAGAUUUUUCGAUAGGAUUUUCAUUAUCGAAUUUAGGCGUAUUUAAUUGUUUUUAUCAAGUAUUACUAUUUGUCUCCCUUACGGUCCAAAAACAUGUGUCUGCUGACAACUUUGGGUAUAUAAUUAGAUACAGGGCAAAGAGUAUUGAUUUUAAGCAGUAUUGAUCUUAUGAAUAAGGAAAAUCAGGGGACAUUUUCCAAAAAGACGCUUUAUUAGAUAUUGUAGGAUCUUUAUACUGCAAAAUUAUGGCACAAGAUGUAAAAUAUAAGAAGAAACAAGAAGCUAAAUUGCAAAACACUUCCAGUAAAAAUGAAGAUGAUGCCUCAAAACCAGUUCCUUUAAGAUAUGGUCCUUUGCCAAAGUUAAAAGGCCAAAGAAUAUUCAGCCGAAUCGUGGUAGUCAUCAGCGUCCUAACUUACGCUUGGUUCUUCUCCCCUACACAAAAUAACAAGAAAGAAACCGCUUUAGCGCUUCAAGGCUAUGUCUAUCAAAGCAGAGGACAGUCUGUUAAGUGUGAUCGGGCAUACUUAGAGGACAUAAACAAAUAUCCCGGAUGUAUCCCAAAGAAAUGUGCCAGGAUGAUUAAUGAUGAAAUUGUUACUCAGUCAGAAGCAGAUAUACUUUUAUGGUUCGCUAAAAGAGCAAUGUCAUUCGCCAAGCCAAAAGGUGGAGUAACUAUUAUGGACCUCCACUCGGGAGCCUUAACCUAUGAGGAUUCUUUCAUCAACAUCUAUAAGACUUCAGAGCAAGGAUUUGUUACAACAAGAGACCUCUUCAUCUACAGAGAUGUCAGAAAUAAAAUCCAAAAAUCCAUUGCCCUUGCAUUUAACCUGGAUGUUACCAAGUUAUACUUAACACAUCCCACCUUCUUUUCGAGGAUGACUAAUAAAGAACCCCAAAAUAUUCAUGAUGAAUAUUGGCAUCCUCAUGUGGAUAAGGACACUUACGAUUCGUUUCACUAUACAUCGCUGCUGUACCUCAGCGAUCAUAAUAUUGAUUUUGUGGGAGGCAGAUUUAUUUAUCAAGACAAUUUGCAAAAUCCCAAAGAAAAUGUUACGGUAGAACCGAGGAAGGGACGGGUGUCGUUUUUCACGUCAGGCGCAGAAAACCCACAUUUUGUGGAAAGGGUCACAGAGGGAGAGAGAUAUGCAAUUACAAUAUCAUUUACUUGUGAUGAAACUAAAAAAAUUGCGGAUCCUUUUGACGCAGUUCAGCACGCUCAUCCGGUCCAUUAAAGAUGUAAUAAAUGUCUGUAUAUUUGUGAAAAUAA